AUGAUAAUAUUAAAACUAAAAGAGAAAUCAAUUUAGAAAAGGAAUAAAAGAUAUUUAAUAAAAAAUAUCAAUAAAUUCUGUAUUAACAUAAAUCUAUCAUAAAGUAAUUAUUAACGAAGGAAAACCAGAAGGCACCGAAUUAAUAUCUGAAUAAGUCAUGCAUGAACAUAAAACUAAGCUUUAUAUAAACUAUUAAGAUGGAAGAUUGAAGUUUUCCUCUCACUUCGAGUUAUGAAUAAUAAAUAGCACCUGAAUUAAGAAAAAAUUUAGUUUAUAAAUUAAUUAG